CGUUAAAAUGACUAUAACCCAAAAGGCAAGAUCAGAAUUAUUAGAAAAGUUUAAUAUUUUUUCAAAAUGUUGAUACGACGUGUGUUUGUUCAACUUAAACAACGUAAAACUGAUUUCCAUCGAUUCAUUGCAACAUCGUCAGUACCAAAGCAAUCAACAAUCGAAACUGAUGAAAGUGAACAUGAUGCUGAGUUAAAUGAGAAAUUACUCAGGGUUGCAAUAGUUGGAAGUCCAAAUGCAGGAAAAAGCACGUUAAUCAAUGCGUUGAUGGAUAGAAAAGUUUGCGCAGCUAGUAACAAGGUUCACACAACUAGAAACAAAGCUAGAGCUAUUUUCACUGAAGGAGAUUCUCAAAUUGUAUUCAUAGACACACCAGGAUUAGUACACUUUAAAGAAGUAAACAAGUAUAAUUUGGAAAAAUCUUUCAUCAGAGAUACCAGAUCCACACUUUUGGAAGCAGAUAUCAUUGGUGUCAUCCAUGAUGUCAGUAACACAUACACCAGAGAGAGUCUGGACACUAAAGUCAUCAAUCUAUUGGAGCAUAAACAGAAGAAACCUAGUUUUUUAGUGUUGAACAAAAUUGAUUUAUUGAAAUCCAAACGAAAACUGCUCGAUAUAACCCGAGUAGUCACCGAAGGAAGAUUAAAAGGCGUCUUAAUGCCGAAUGCAAAACCGGAAGAGAACAAAAACGUGCGUGGUUGGCCGAAUUUUUCCGAGAUUUUUAUGAUUUCCGCGCUUACCACUAAUGGAUUAGACGAUCUUCGCGCUUAUCUCGUGUCGCAGGCAAAACCGCGCAAGUGGAUGUUCCCUGACAAUGUGUGGUCCGACCAAACACCAGAAUUAAUCAUCACGAACACCGUGAAGGCGCAACUUUUAAACUACCUGCAGCAGGAAAUUCCCUAUCAAUGCAAAGUACAGAUGGAGUUUUUCGAUAUCAGCGAAACCGGCAGUAUCAAAAGCGUUGUACUUGUAAAAUGUCCGACGGAUCGAAUUGCGAAGUUGAUUGCUGGUACUAGCAAUGGUCGAUUGAGGCAAAUCAACGAGAAUGUCCAGAGGGACUUGCAAUCUGCGUUUCAGAACUUUGUUAUGAUUAGUAUUGUGCUUCAAGGACCAAAUGAAAAUUAUAAUAUGUAGUUGGUGAAUUUUUAAAA